CCUGGGCCCCAGCAGGUGCUCCAGGUGCGUGGGUCGGGCCUGCAGGGGCCAGGGCUGCGCGUGCACGCCCCCUUCUGCUUUCUGCUCGUGUGUAAGUCCAGCUCCACGAAGGGAACAGACGACCGGACUUUGCAAAAGGGCCGCUUAAGUUUGCCUCGGAGUAAACACUCAGAACUUUUGCCAAGGCCCUCGAGACUUGGCGCGUCCCCAGAGAGGAGGUCGGGGCCCACGAGGCGGCGGUGGUUGGCGGCGGCGGGGGAUGCUCUGAGCGGACGUCCUGGUGUUGGGAUGGCCCCAGUGAAGAGGAAGUGCCUCUGCGACCUGUGCACCUGCGGGCGGCAUCACUGUCCACAUCUCCCUACCAAGAUUUAUGAUACAAUAGAGAAACCAUGUCUUCUCUCCGAAUACACCGAGAACUACCCUCUCUAUCACUCUUACCUGCCCAGAGAGUCCUUCAAGCCCAAGCUGGAGUACCAGAAAGGAUCUGUGCCCAUGGAAGGCUUGACCACGUCAAGGAGAGAUUUUGGGCCUCACAAAGUGUUACCAGUGAAGAGCUACCAGCCCAACCCGUUCGUCCCAAGUGAGGAGAACAUGGAUUUGCUCACAACAUAUAAACAAGAUUACAACCCUUACCCUGUCUGUCGAAUGGGCCCCAUCAAGCCUCGGGACAGUAAAUAUCCAUGUGGUGACAAGAUGGAGUGUCUGCCUACCUACAAAGCUGAUUAUUUACCCUGGAACCAACCAAGACGAGAGCUACUUCGUCCAGAACACCACUACCGCCCAGCAUCAACGGGAUUUGACAGUAGAACUACACACCAGGAUGACUACUCUGUAAAGGGCCUAGUGAGCACUGUGAGCUGUAAGCCUCUGGCCAUGCCCAAGCUCUGUAACAUACCCCUGGAGGAUCUGACUAACUACAAGAUGAGCUAUGUGGCCCACCCACUGGAGAAGCGCUUUGUGUAUGAGGCAGAGAAGUUCAGACCCUGUAACAUCCCCUUUGAAAGCCUUACCACCCAUAAAGAGUCCUACCGGGGCCUGAUGGGAAAGCCAGCCAAGAGCUUGAAACCUCCAGCCAGGUCCUGUGGUUUAGAAACACCUUUCUCUAACACCACUGAGUUUAGAGAUAAGUACCAAGCCUGGCCAACACCCCAGAUGUUCUCCAAAGUUCCUGUCUCCUAUGUCCCUCCUGAAGAGAAGAUGGACCUUCUGACAACAGUGCAGGCCCAUUACACAUACCCUAAGGGUGCCCCAGCUCAGUCCUUCCGACCGGUGCUCUCAGUCAAGAAGGGUGGCCACUUUGAAAGUUCCACUACCACCAAGGAUGACUACAAGCACUGGCCUGGGAUACACAGGGAGCCAGUCAAGCCCAUUCCCCAGCUGAGCAUUCCCACCGAGCCCUUGGACUGUCUGACUACCAUGCGGGCUCACUAUGUGCCCCACCCACCCAUCAGUACCAAAAGCUGUAAGCCUCCUUGGGCUGUCCCCCGAGGAAAUAUCCCUGUGGAGGGCCAGACCACAUACACCAUCAGCUUUACUCCUAAGAAUAUGGGCAGGUGCCUGGCUUCAUACCCUGAGCCUCCUGGCUACACCUUUGAGGAAACAGAUGCUUUGGGGCACAAGAUAUAUAGGCCGGUUGCCCAGACAGGCUCUCAGCACAGCAGCCAUCUUUCCGUAGGUGAUUCGGAAAACCCUAACCAGCGAGAGUUGGCAGUGUCAGCCUGAUUUUAAAAACUGUUACUUAGAAAUUGCACAAUACUUUUAAAAGCAAGAUGAUUGAGAGUUAUUCAUUGGCCAAAAAAGAAUUCUCUAAAAUGGAAAAAAAAAAAGUCUUCAUCAUCAUUUCCAGGAUACUUGAAUAAAAUGAAAAUCACUUGA